AUGAUUAUGUAUGUAGGGAUGUCGAAUACAAUUUAUUCUUUUUAGGCGUUUUUUGAGUUUAUUUUAGAUAUAAAUAACUCAUAUGAAAACGAUAGUAUGAAUCCAUUAUGUAUGAUUUAAGCAUUUAUCUCUACUUACACUUCUGAGUGUAUGCUAAUAUGGAUAACUAUCCUUUCUUUGACUAUUCACGAUACAGUAAAGAAUAAAAUUAAGAACAUGGCAAAGAGAGAAAAAGUCUUUAUAUUUUUAGGGUUUGUAAUACCUUUAGUUCUAAGUGUAAUCCCUUUUAUAACUGGGUCUUUUGGGAGGGCUAAUGGUGUUUGCUGGAUUACUGAUAAUUUAGGAAGAGUAGCUGAGCUGCUAUAAGUGUGGGGUUUAUUUUACUUUCCUUUAUGGGUAUGUAUUUUCUUAAAUUUUAUUCUCAUUUUAAGAACUAUGAAAAUGCUAAAAGAUCUUGAUAUUGCAAACACAGAAACUUACUUUGUUAUUAGAAGGUUUUUGUAUUACCCCUGUCUUUGGAUAAUUUGUUGGUUUGCUGGCACUAUAAAUAGGACAAUCAUAACUUUUGGUGGAGAAGGAAAUACAUUUCUAACAGAUAUUUCCUUAGUUUUGACUUGCUCUCAAGGAUUUUUCACUAUGAUCAUUUUUUUAAGUGACAAAAGAAUUCUUGAUGCCAUAAAAAAUAGAGUAUCGCUUUCAAAAACUUAAAUUUAUUAAGAGCAGCAAAGUGGGGAGUGCUGUGAUGAGAGUAAAGAUGAAUUAUCUUAAAUGCAAUCUAAACUACUUGAUGUAGACGAUCAAGACGAUUAUUUUAGCUACUAUAGCUCAGACACCAACCAGAAUGUGUAAAACAAAAAAAUUAAUGAUACUUCCAGUAAUAUUUCAAGUCAAAAUCAAAUUGGUAGUGAAACUGACUCACCUAAAAACUCUAAGCAUGAAAAAUCUAACUAAAUGAAUUCUACUUCGAAUUCAAUAUCUAAUAAGAAAGGUGAAGAGGAUUAAGAAAGACAAGCUCAUCAUACCUAGAAAAAAAAUUAGCAUUAAAAUUAAAAUUAACUGUAGCAAUAACAUCAUCAUAAUCAUAACCAUCAUUAAAAUCAAAUUAAAAGCUAAAAUAACAAACCUCAUAGAACUUAAAGUAGACCAAAUUCUUCGAACCAUCCAAAUCAUAGCAUUUAGAAGAAAAAGGCAAAUAUUAAGCGUACUUAGAAAUAAUAAUUCGAAACCUCUGGCUAAUGGAAUCGUAUGGAAAAAAUAGAAGAAGAUAGUGAUGAGGAAUUGUUUGAUAAAGAAAUUCAAUAGAUGAAUAUCAAAAAUUCAGAACAGCUCUUCUUAAGUAAGCGUGAUGCCAAAUUAUUAUAUAAAUAAAGAAAGAUUUCAAAUGUAAAUAAUAUAUCAGAAAAUAUUUCUAAAAGAAGUUAAAUAUGA